AUUUUUUUCGUCUUUUUUUUCUUCUUCUUUUUCCCACUUUCUUUACCGAAACACAGAGAAAAAUGCUUUCCUCCAAGUUGAUUUCUAAACCUAGCAUGGCUGCUAUCCAAAAGGCUGCCACUCGUUCUUUUGCUACAGCUACUUCUAUUCCUGUUCCUGCUCCCGCUGAACAAAAGAGUAUCUUCCCUAAGAAGUACGGAGGAAAGUACACUGUCACUCUUAUCCCCGGUGAUGGUAUUGGUCAAGAACUUACAGCUUCUGUCAAGGAUGUCUUCAAGGUUGCCAAUGUCCCUGUCGAAUUCGAACAAUACGAUGUUUCUGGUUUGACUUCUGAAGAUGAUUCUCUUUUCCAAGAAUCCUUGGACUCUCUCCGCCGUAACAAGGUCGGUCUUAAGGGUACUCUCUUCACCCCUACUUCUCGUUUUGGCCACAAGUCUUUCAACGUCAGCAUGCGUAAGGAUCUUGAUAUGUAUGCUUCUCUUUCUCUCUGUAAGAAUGUUCCCGGUGUUGAAUCUCGUUUGAGCGAUGUUGAUAUUGCCAUUAUUCGUGAAAACACUGAAGGUGAAUACUCUGGUUUAGAACACCAAUCUGUUCCCGGUGUUGUUGAAUCUCUUAAGAUCAUCACCCGUACCAAGACUGAACGUAUUGCUCGUUUCGCUUUUGACUUUGCCGUCAAGAACAAUCGUAAGAAGGUCACUAUCAUUCACAAGGCCAACAUUAUGAAAUUGGCAGACGGUCUUUUCUUGCGUACUUGUCGUGAUGUUGCAAAGGAAUAUGCUCAUCACGGUAUUGAAGUUAACGAUAUGAUUGUUGAUAACACUGCUAUGCAACUUGUCUCUCGUCCUCAACAAUUCGAUGUGAUGGUCAUGCCCAACUUGUACGGUAACAUUGUCUCUAACGUCGGUGCUGGUUUGAUUGGUGGUCCUGGUUUGAUUCCUGGUUGUAACAUUGGCCGUGAAUUCGCCAUGUUUGAACCCGGUUGUCGUCACGUUGCUCUUGACAUCCAAAAUCAAAACUCUGCUAACCCUACUGCUAUGCUUUUGUCUUCUGUCAUGAUGUUGAGACACUUGAACUUGGACGAACACGCCAACAAGAUUUCUGCUGCUGUUUAUGACACUAUCAGCAGCGGUAAGGCCAAGACUGUUGACAUUGGCGGUAACAGCACCACCAAGGAAUUCACCAAGGCUGUCAUUGAUUCUUUGUAAACUAUAAAUAAAUAAAAUAAAAUGUUAUAUUCUUUUUUUCUUU